AGACACGUUGCGUUGGAAAAAGCUGCACGGGCCGAUCAGAGGCUCACAGCUCCGCCUAACAGCUCCGAGCGGAUCCUUUCCGCUGAUCUGAUCCGGCCCUGACACAGCUGAGCCGCUCCGGGAUCUGGAUUUACUACAAAGGAACGGCGAUCCCCGCUUCAGAGGCUGAGGUCAGUGAUGGUCAUUGGUUCAGAGCUGUAGCUGAGGAUGGCGACAGACUCGGAGAGCUCCAUAUACUGGCUGGAGCGUGAACAUGACAGUGAAGAGGAGAAAAGAGAAGAGAAAAAGGAGAGAGAGGAAGAGGAGGAGGAGAGCAGAAGACAGCAGAACAGCUCCAGUGUCACCCCCCAAAAGGCCCUGAAGAGGCAGCACAGCACGCCCUCCCAUCACCACCUCCCCCCCAGCACCUCCCAGACCGGGCAGCUCUUCAGCCACAAGUGUGCUGAGCUGCAGUGCUACAUCCAGCCUCUCUCUCUGAUCCUGAACGGGCUGCGGUCGGGGAGGUACAGAGAGCGACUCAGCUCGUUCCAGGAGAGUGUGGCCAUGGAUCGCAUUCAGAGGAUCAUGGGAGUCCUGCAAAAUCCCUGUUUAGGAGAGAAAUACAUAAACAUCAUUCUCAAAAUGGAGGACAUGCUGAAGAGCUGGUUUCCUCAAGUGCAACUUCCACAACAGCCUCUUGCCGCUCAGACCAGGGACCAUGGCAUUCCUUCCAAGAAGCCGAAGCUGUGCUCUUCAUUGCUCUUCAGCCCCUUCACCAACACUGAGCCUGGACCCAAGACUCUCAGGGUCACCGACCUCACCCCUCCUGAAGCCUACUCCGCCAGUAAUGUCAAAUGGCUCCACACAUCCCCCAUCUGCUCCCCCGUCUGCUCCCCCACAGCGGAGCAGAGCCAGGCAAAAGACAGGGACCUCACCCAGGACAAUGCAGUGUCCUCCAGCACAGACUGCCACAUUCAGACUGAGACCAGAGCGCAAGGGCCUCCGCUGGGAAAGAUCAAGGCUCCCUGUUUGGAAAAGCUCCUCAAAUCCACAGAAAGCAUCAUCACACACAGAAUGGACGGCUCCUCCUAGUCCAGGGACCACUCUUAUUUCAUCAUUCCAUCCAGAGGAGGGCGCCGAUGAGAGGGACAGAAGCACACGGAGCCGACAGUGGAGGACGUGGAGUUUAAAGGUCCCAUGUUACUUAAAACAGACUAUUGUGAGCUUUAAACCAUGUUCUUAUGCUGUUCCCUCCUCAAAAACAUACCUGGAGUUGUGUUUUGUUUUAUUCAACAUGUUUUUUGUAGCACUUUAUUAUUAGUGUGUCUACAUCUCCAAAGCUCAAAAUGCUCUGUUCCACCUUGUCAUGAAGUGGUAGUUUUCAAGUUAACAGCUCUUUUUACCUUUAGUUCAGUGGAGAUUGGCAAUUCCAGGGCUGAAAUUAUUCAAAUUAAGUUGUAUGGAGUGCUCCAAUGUGUUUUUAAACUCCAUACACCUUAUUCCUGUAUUACCACAUGACAUCACUAAGUGGAACAGUGUUUUCAGUUUGAGAGAAUAACUCAGCCUAAACAUGUAUGAAUGAAACAAAACACAACUCCAGGUCUGUUUGUGAUGAGGAAACAACUUUAGAACAGAGAUCAGAAAACGGCAUAACAUGGGCCCUUUAAAUUGUUUUCGAUGAAACCUCUCCCUCGGUCUGCUCGCACCGCUCCUCGCUGCCGCUGUUUUGGCGUUCUGUAUGUUUGUUUGCACUCAGAGCAUGUGUGAGUCUGGAGGCAGAGGUCACAUGUUCAGAACUGGUUUGUCAAGGCAAUAAGGCAGUGAGUGAGUGUGGCUCCUGCUGCAAAGGGAAAGACUCUGAAUUGACGUUUUAGACGCUGGUGUAGAGCUGCACAAGUUUGAAACAAGAGCAGAAGCCACAUUUUCUGACAGGUUUUACAAUAUGAUUUAGGAUUUAUGUUUAAAAAGUAGGAUUCUGCAACAAGACUCAAAACUGAGGAAAUGAUGCACAGGCCUGUCACGAUAAUACAAAGUGAUAAACAAUAGGAUUGAAACCAAAACAAAGCAGAAUUUUCCCCAAAAGGUUUUAUAAAUUUACAAUAUUAUUAAAAAACAUGAGCUGCAAUGAACAUACAACAGAACACAACACUUAAGUAGUUGGUUUGUAUUUAUAAUUAGUAAGUAUAAGUCAUAAGUUUAUUUCAACUUUCCAGAGCUCAAAUGUAAUCAGAAACAGAAAAAUGCCCCAAAUAUAUCCCAUGAUAAAUAUUGACCCCUUUCAUUUGUCAUAUUCAGUUUUUGAGAUUUGAAAAUGGAGGCGACUCUGCAGCUCUGCCCUGGCUUCUACAAACUGUUGUGCUCAAAUGUUUAAAAUGUGAUGUUCUUUUUUUCUCCCCUUUACGACUCCAUCUACGUCAUAUGACUGUUACUAAUGUGUCUGUUCAGAAACAAGACUCAAGUUCAUUUGCAAAAACAGAUAAAUGCUCAGAGUUUAGCCUUAGGAUACAAGAUUAGGAUAGAUUAAAAAAAACAAAACAAAUGUGUUUACCUACUUCCAAAAUAUAAUUCUAUCUCUUCUUGAUAAAAUCCACUUUACAUUGUUGUCAUUGGAACAGGAGUGACAGUGAUCCACUGAUCCAAAGGUUGCCGGUUAAAAUUCUCCUCUUGACAUAAACAUCAUUUGGUUGAGCAGUGAGAUCCACUGACCUACAAGUUGGUGGUUCUACUCUCAGAGAUCAAUGCUGUCGUUUUGUACUUGGGCAGGAUCAUAGACUAUAUGUAAAUGGACAUGGGUAACCUGCUAGCGACGACAUUCUAAACAGGAAAUGAUCAUGGCCAUUGACUCUGGUUCCAAUUCACUUUCUAUUGAAAAACUGUCCCCUCUCUCUGUACCUUCUGCUGUCAGACUCGUCAUUUUAGUCUUAAAUGUUCGUAUUAACCAGCUCUACAUGAUCCUGAGGUUUUCAUUUCGCUAUAGUGUCUGUAAAUCAAGGUAGGUUGCUCUGGCUAGCGUUAGCAACAUGGCAUUACGGUUGCUAUGAUAGCCACAGACGGAAUUCUAAAUAUGGAACUGGGCUCCAAAUUGGCCCCUAUAACUGCUAGCCUUGAUGAGCUUCAUUUGACUGAAGCUGAACGCUGUGGGUGACGCUACACUCACUCACUCACUCCACUUUUUUUACAGUCUACUGGCAAGACACUUAAUCCAAGACAUUUAAUGAAUGUGUGAAUGGAUGAGUGGUUCCUUGAUGUGAAGCGUUAUAUAAAAAUGUGACUGUUAAAACCUGUAGAAUAUGGUAACACAUUUUCAAAACGUCAAUAUCUGUUUUUGCAACUGAACUUCUUUUUCUUCUUCUUUUUUCUUCUUCUUUUUCUUUUGGUACAACUGUUCUACCUCAGUGACACCGUGUGGGCAGUUUGUGCACAGAAUGUGGGCGUCGCUCUUCUGAAAGUGUUGGGGCUGGGUCAGGUUCGACUGGUGCCAUCUUUGUCUCUGUCUGCGGUAGGGUUGAGCAGUGCCUGUAUUGUCAUGCUGUGCCUGUAAGCCGCUUAAAAUAGGAGCCAACUGUUCUAUAACUGCUCCUCACUAGGAUCUGUGGUCUAAUGAGGAAGUCCUCAGGCCUGUCACGAUGACACAUCCGGAAGUGUGAUUUUUCAGGUUGAUUCAAGAUGGAGACCCUAGGGAAUACCUACAACACACUGAAGGGACUGCGUCUCUUGGCUGGCCUGGGAACGCCUUGGGGUCUCACUGGAGGAGCUGGAGGAAGUGUCUUGGGCAAGGGAAAGUGUGAGUCCCUGCUUAGACUGUUACUCCUGCAUAAGCAGAAGAAAAUGGAUGGAUAGAUAGAUAGUUCUAACCAGCAAAAAGUUGGAAGUUUCCGAGAAAGGAAAUCCAACAUGGAUACAAACUGGUCAAAAACCAACCAUAGAAAACAGUGUCUUCUGUUAGACAUAUGUAACGUUGAAGAAAAUAUAGAUGAUAAAUGUUAAUAAUGAAAUGAAUUUCUGCCACUGACACAAAAACCCAAGAGCAGAUUUAAACCAUAAAAAACUAUCUACAGUAUUGUUAAAAAUCAUGAGUAUGGCUCAAAUCCCAUCAUAUUGACAAGAAUAAGCAAAAACCUAUACAUACUGACCACAAAGCGUGACCAAAUGACCAAAUUUCACAUACAGAGACUUUACACAUGGAGAUGGUCUUGACAGGUCUGGAUGGAUUUGGAGAUGGUCAUGACAGGUCUGAAUUUCUCACUUUCCUCCUGCCGUUCUUCUGUAAUUAUGAAUAACUUAUUGCGAUCUUGCCAACUGUUUCGUGGUGAAGUGCAAAGUGUUUUGUUUUGCGAUGGCGUUUUUCUGACCAGUGUAGGGAUACUUGCUAAAGGCUGUCUGUUUAUCCCGAUAAGUGGCCUUUUUGUGUCAAAUUUUAUACUUUGAAAAUAAAUGUGGAUAUAUUUGUUUGAUGC